AUGGAAGUAGAAGAAACAACAAUUGAACAGAAUGAAACAGUUGAAAGGGAAGAGACAGAGAAUGUAGAAAUGAAGGAAAUUGACAAGGAAACAGCAGAAAAAGAAGAUUAUGUUGCGAUUUUAAAUGAGAAGGAGAAACAUUAUUUUGAGACGAAGGAAGUAGUGGAAUUAGGAAAGAUCACAGUACCUAACACAUCAAAUCAGCAUUAUUUUCAAGGAGCAACAUGGAGUGCGGAUGGAACCUGUUUAUUAACAGCUGUAAAUGCUAAAGGUUUGAUGAUAUUUGAGCUUCCACAGGAUAUUUAUGGAAAGGAAUCAAUAAGUAAAGAACGUGACAUUAAUGAAUUGAAGCCAGUUAUCACAGUUAAAUGUGGUACAAACAUUUAUGAUUUCUGUUUUAAUCCAGUCUUAAAUUCAAUGGAUGAUACGACGACCUACUUUAUAGCUACCUGCCAAAAUGAGCCUAUAAAGCUGUAUGAUGCAUUCAAUGGCAAUUACAAAUCAUCAUAUAGAGCAUACGAUUAUGCUGAUGAGCUUGAUGCAGCAUUAAGUGUUUGUUUUUCACCAGAUGGAUCUUUAAUAUAUGGUGGCAUGAAAAAAGGAAUUGUUGUAUUCAGCACAUCAGUCCCAGGCAGAGAUUAUGAUACAAUUCCUCUGAAACAAGCUACCUCAUGUAUGGCAUCAAACUAUUAUAGCAGUGAAAUUGCAGCUGGAAGUUGGAAUAAGACAAUAAGUUUAAUUGAUAGUCGUGAUUAUUUAGUCACAGACACACUGAUUGGUCAUAAACAAGGCGUGACAUACUUGAAAUUCUCAAGCAAUGGUGAUUAUCUUAUAUCAGGCAGUCGGAAGGAUUCAAAUUUACUAAUGUGGGAUUUGAGGAACCGAUCACUUCCUCUUUAUAGAUUUACAAGACGAGUUGACACAAACCAGAAAGUUCAAUUCGAUUUAUCGUACAAUUCUAAUUGGUUGAUAUCUGGAGACACAAGAGGAAUCGUACAUGCAUGGAGUCUAUUUGACUUGGAUGAAAAUGAAUUCCCAAAAGAGAGCCAAUAUGGACUGCAUAGUGAUGCAUGCUCAGGAAUAAGUUUACAUCCUUAUUUACCCGUUCUAGCUUCAUGCUCUGGACAAUUUAAAUAUGGAAAUGAUAUUGAUUGCGAUGAGAAAACUGAGGAAAUUAUUGAAAAUUCACUAGUUCUUUGGUGGAUUGGACAUGCUGAAUAA